CGUGCCUUUUAAAGAAUUGCUCUCAAAACUUCACAGAGUUUCUCUCUCUUGAUAUUUGAAGGGCAACAUGCAUUAUUCUGCAGGGAAAAGGGAUAUGAUCUUCUGUUUCUUGCUUAUGUUUCUCCUUCAGCUUGUUCUCCAAAACCAUGCAACUGUAAUUUUCUCCCCAGCUCCCCAGCCACAACCACCAGGCACCUAUCCCAUGUAUGGUGCUACUCCUGGCAGCCUUCAACCUCAGGAAUGUGGGCCCAGGUGCAGUGUGAGAUGCUCGAAAACGGCGUUCAAGAAACCGUGUAUGUUCUUCUGUCAAAAAUGCUGUGGGAAAUGUCUGUGUGUGCCACCUGGCACUUAUGGUAACAAGCAAUUCUGCCCUUGCUAUAAUAACUGGAAGACUAAGAGAGGUGGACCAAAGUGCCCUUGAUUUUUUUUUUUUUUUUUAUUAUUAUUACAAUUAUAUAUAAUAUAAUUAUAAAAUAUGUACCCUGAAAAUAUUAAUUUAAUGAGCCUUAUUAAUAUUAUUCUGUUUGUAGUGUCGAUUUAUUGU